GUUUGUAUCAGCCAUUCUCCCUAUAGAUGAGCUGUUCCACAUGAUUUCCUAGUAGCAGCUCUGCUGGCAACAGCUAUCAGAAACAAAAGAGCCUUAUAUGGGGUCAGAGCACAAAGUAAUCAUUGUUGGUCUGGAUAAUGCAGGAAAAACUACAAUUCUUUAUCAAUUUUCUAUGAAUGAAGUGGUGCACACUUCACCUACGAUAGGGAGUAAUGUAGAAGAGCUUGUGGUUAAUAACACACGUUUUCUAAUGUGGGACAUUGGAGGACAAGAAUCACUUCGAUCUUCAUGGAACACCUACUAUACAAAUACAGAGUUUGUAAUAGUUGUUGUGGACAGCACAGACAGAGAGAGAAUUACUGUAACUAAAGAAGAACUCUAUAAAAUGUUAGCACAUGAGGACUUAAAGAAAGCAGGUUUGCUGAUUUUUGCUAACAAACAAGAUGUGAAGGAGUGCAUGACAGUAGCUGAAAUAUCCCAGUUUCUGAAGCUGACUUCAAUUAAAGAUCACCAGUGGCACAUCCAGGCCUGCUGUGCUCUAACUGGCGAGGGGUUGUGCCAAGGACUUGAAUGGAUGAUGUCAAGACUUAAAAUCAGAUGAUUUUUAAUGACCUCUUUGCACGGACAUUGCAUAAACAAAGUGCAGUAGCCAGGGUUACGUGGACAGCUGCAAAAUUAAUGGAUAAAAUAUUUAUAAUAAACUGAUUUCAACUUUAUUUCUGCACUCACACACAUUAAGUCUCCCACCUCCCUGCCCUACCCCUUUGCUUUGAAACCAAGAUGAAAAUUUGAAGGCUCCAAUUGGGUCUCCCAUUAGUUUCCUCUGAAGACAGAUCUAAAAGCUGUAAUCAAGAUAAAACCACUCAGGACAGUAUAGUGUUGCAUGUGGUAAGUAUGAAGUGAGAGGAAGGAAUUUUAACUUUGCAUUUUAUUAUACCAUUGGUAGUUCUCACCAGUUUAAGAUUUUGGCCUCAUUCUUCCGGUAAAUUAGCAACCAAAUCAGUGGCAUAGGUAUCGACUUUCCAGUAUUUUUAAAAUUUACUGAUGUGUUACAGAUGCAAAACUAUAUUCCUGUAUGUGUACUGUACAUAUUGUGUAUAUUUAUACCUCAAGUUUGUUAAUCAAAAUAUGUUUUGGGAGGAAAUGAGUAACACUGAUUCUCAGUACGCUCAAAAUAGUACUAAUGUGGACAUUGCUGACAUGUCACAACUGCUUUUCUUUAUAUUUUCUGUACAGCUGUAACUUUCUUCAAACAGUUGGUACACCGCAUCUUUAUAAAGUGAAAUCUCUUACAACUGUUGCUUAUGUUUCUCACAUGAUUUUGCAAUUGGGGAAGAUGAUAAAAUGGGAUGGGGUGUAUGAAUUGUUUUUUAUAUUUGGUUCAGUGUUGGCAACCAGAUGCGUUUAACAAAAAACAAACAGCCAAAGAGUUGCUGGAUGAGACAGUAAUUAAAAACAAACAAAAGUGUUAACUUAUGGUUUAUGCCAUCACUUCUAAUGCUGGUAGUAUGUAGUCAUUUAUUAUAGAGUUCAACAUAAUGGGUCAGUUGUUAGCUUUUAAUAAAGGGGCAAUAUGUCUUGAUUUUUUUUUUUUCUCCCGUCCACCUCCUCCCCCUUAUCCAAGGUAGUGACCAACAAGUGUACCUAAAUGUCCCAUUUGGAAUCUUCCAAAGCAGUUUUCUAACCUCUACAGGGAAAUAGGAAUACUUUCUGGUGAUACUACAAAAUUGCGUAGUAACUUUGCCUAUUUUAAGGUUGGGAAGGGUUUAAGAAUAUCAAAACGCAACAAACCAAAAUCACACUGUUCCACAAACUGUGGACUGGAACUGUUACCUGAUCUUGUUCCCAUAGCAGUCCAUGGAUAAACUAUCAUGGACAUAAAUCAUACCCCUGUGUGAUUUCCCCAGGUGAGAUUUCAGGGGGUCAUGACUACCCUACCUUUUCUAUAUUGUUAAAUGGGAGGGGUGUUCUGAAAAAUGUUCAGAACCACUAACUUAAAGAUUCGAGAUUUAUUAUGGGUGGUUUGAAAUAUUAUCAGUAGCACAUGAUGUGUUCGUGGACUUAGUUUCCCAUGUUGACUUCUUAGAUGUAUAUUAAAGGGAUAUUGCAGAACUAAGCAACAACAUUUUAGAAAGUCCUUUCUUUCUUAACUUAAGAAUUUGAUAAAGACAGGAGAGACUCCAACCUUGUGUUUGGGGGUAUGUUAAAUGAAGCAGGAAAGGACAUUUAGUCUUUAAAUGAUGAAGCCAUGAUAUCACAGUUAAUGCAUUCAUUUUUAUGUAACUUUAUCUGUUUGUGAUUUCAUUGUAAUCAGUGGAAAUGUUGAGAGAGAUUUUGGGGCCAGAUAAUGGAGGCAGCUUCAGAAGUUCACAUUUAACAGCUGUGUUGUCCUAAGUACAAUACAGAUGUAUCAGAAAGGUCUCUCAAAUCUUUUUAUCAUGGCAUUUGGUUGGUGGGGACUCUCCACUGCCCAUUAAAUAAAUAUUUUUAAAUGUGUACAUGCAUAUAUUUACAAUGCAUGCACAUAGAGAUCAGUGUUAUACAGUACUGAGAUUUAUAUAAAAGUUUGAGGAACAAAUAACUUCAAAGCAGAAAUUGUUUCUGAGUUUAUUCUGAAAACAUUUUCAAAAAACAUUAUGUACAUUAUUUGGACCUAGGAAUGAACAAUUCUGUAUUUUUCUAGUCUAACAAAAAUUAAAAUCUCAGACCUAACUAUAUAUAAAAUGUUCAAUUUUGGAGCACCACCACAAUUUUUUUACUUGAAUGUUCAAAGUACUGUGUUCUUUCACCUAAAUUUCUAUAGAUUUUAUGCAUUAAGGAUUUUAUCCCAUCUCUUUCUUGUGGUCAAGUUUUGAGGACUUUAAAUGUUUAUCUUAAGUAGCAUGACUAAAAGGAACCUCAAGUGUUCCCCCCCCCAAAAAAAAUGCUGGUCAUAAAUGAACUUAGUCAUAAAUGAACUUACUAAUGAAUGUGAAUUGUCAUCUCAUUUACACUUCCACAUGAAGGAGAUGCCACUUGAUAUUUUCAUCUUAACCUCAGUGUAGUAUCCCCAUAACUGCACGCUUGCUUUUAUUGUCUUACUUCCAGUAUUGGCUGUAGGUUCCAAUAGGGAGAACCUAGACUCUUUACAUAGUUGUAGUGCUGACUUAAAGACCAUAAAAUUUCUACAUUUAUAAUCUACCAUAUAUGAUCUGACAUUGAACAGCAGUGGAGCCUUAAAAGCUAACCCAUCCACUUCCUCUUACGCUGCAUGUUUUGUUUUUGUUUUAUUUUUUUUAAUAGUGUUAAACCUAAUGAUUGUGAUCCAUAUUUUUAAGCCCUUUUUUUGGUUACUGUACAGCAGUGUAAAGGAGGAGAGGGGGAGGGUUGCUUUUCUCUUGCAGUCAAACUCCAUUGCUGUUCAAUAGUUAUAUAACUGCACUCGUAUUGUAUGUUUGGCAUAUAUUUAAACAGAAGUUGGUAAUAGAAGUAAUAGAUGGCAACAGUUUUCAGACCUACCUCACAGGGGUGUUGUGAGGCUUCAUUAAAGUUUAUCAAAUGCA